AUGGCCGGGGCUGAAGGCGAUGGGGCAGCCUUCGCUCCGCCAGCCGUCGGCUCCAGGGUCUCGACUCUGCUGGGCACCGGCAAGUGGGGCGCCGCGGUGGUGGAGCCGGCAGAGGGCGCCCACGCCCACUUGCCCUUCCGCCUGCGCUACGAGACGGCCGGCAGCAUCGACUGGGUGCGGUUCGUGAGCAGCAAUGUGCUGGAGGUCUGGCACGUGCCCAAGGCCCGAGGCAGGCAGGGCCCAGGGCAGGGGCCAGCGGCCAGGGCACCGCCGCCGAAUGCCGCCACCGAGGUGCGCCCCUACUUUGUGAUGCCAGAAGAGGCCAAGACCAAGGGGAGGCCCUGCGAAAAGGUGGUACGCCUGCGAGAGGCAGCAGAGGCAGCAGCAGAGGAGUACGAGCAGCAGCAGCAGCAGCAGCAGCAGCAGCAGCAGGAUGGCGGCGGGGGCAGCCCUGCCAAGAGGCGACGCCUUGGGUCUGGUUCUGCUGCGGCAAAGCUGCAGGCGGCAGGAGCUGCAGCAGGCAGGGGGACUCUGGAGCCCAGCGAUGGCAAGUCCCGCGCAGCCAACGGCAUGCUGUCGCCUGGCAUGAGGCAGCGCCCUCAGCAGGCCAGCCCAGUGGCUGCAGAGGCAUCGGAGGCCGCAGUGGCUGCCGACGCUGCGGAGCAGGCGCCCGCCAGCCUGCAGCAGCCGGGGCAGGGGCUCCUGCAACAGUCCACUGCUGCUGGAUCGGCAGGGGACAUAGACGCACCUUUGCCCGCAGCAGCAGCGGCGGCAGCAGCAGCCCUUGGCGCAUCUCUGCUGCCAAAGCGCACAGCGGUUACUCAGCUGGGCGGCACAAGCUUUGUGGCUCUGGCCACGGUGCCCGUCGAUGAGCCGCCGGACUCGCCGCCCGGCUCUGCAUGGCGCGACAAGCGGCGACCGGCAGCACCUGGCAGCAAGCGAGCUUCAGGCGGGCAGGGCGAGCACAGCCAUUCGUCCCAUAAGCGCCAUAAGCAGCAGCAGCAGCACCGCCGGCACGAGCGAGAGCAGCCUGCAAGUCGCAACGCAGAGCAGGUGGCUGCUGGCCAGCAGGCGCCUGGGGAGGGCGCCGUUGAGCCGGCGGAGCAGGAGGAGGAGGAGGCACCUGCUCCGGAGCCUGCACCAGAGCGGCCGGGCGAUGUGGCUUGCCGCCAGUUUGCGCAAAUGCUGCCGGGGCUGACUCUCUUCAGGGACAGCAUCAAUGUGACAGCGGCAGCGGCCAUCACAGCAGGCCAGCUGGGCGCGUGCAAGGAGGUUGUGCGGUGCGUGCUGGAGCACAUGCGGCAGGAGGCGGCGCCAUCUCGCCGCAUCACCUUCUUCUACCUGCUGGAUGCUGUGCUGGGGCACUCGCGCAGGGAUUUGCCGGGGUGCGGCCCCGAGUCGGUGGUUGGCACCCUGUUCCCACGCACCGUCGGCGCCGCGCUGUCCCAGCUGGUGGAGCUGCUGGGGUCCAGCCUGGAUGGCGCACAAAAGGUGUUUGCAGAGCUGGGGGCGAUGGAGCGCACGCUGACCCGCACCUGGCUGCCGCCGGUCAAGCGCGGCGUGGAGGCCUCCCUUGUGCAGCGGUCCCUGGAGAUGCUGCGGGACCGCAUCGCGCAGCACGAGGCAGCCUGGGGCAGCGGCGACACGCUCGACGACGGCGGCAACGGCGGCGGCGCGCGCGCGGCUGGCGGGCCGCUGGCGGGGAUGCCAGAGGGGCACCAGGGUGGCGGUGCCGACGGCGGCGGCAGCAGCGGCGCGGGCGCGCCGCCGGGGAGGCAGCGCCUGCUGGAUGAGGCCUGGCUGCGGCAGCUGGUGCGCAAGACGCCCUUGGCGGCCGCACCCAUCAUCACCUUUGAUGGCAGCAGGGUUAGGCUGACCCACACCUGGCAGCCGCCCGCCUGGCCAGACUAUGACGCCCUGCCGCUGCCGCCAGGCGCAGCCCAGCACCAGUACUCGCACCAGGUGGCCGUGGGCACCGCUGCCGCCGCGGCCGCGCAGGCCGCGGGGGCCAGGCCGGAGGACGCGAGCCCCUGGCAUGCCACCCUGGCCAGCUGGGCGGGCGCCGAGGGCUGGCCCGCACACCCGCAGCAGCAGCAGCUUGUGGCCCUGGGCCAGCAGCACCAGGAGCACCUGGCGGCGGUGCAUGCGGCACAGCUGGCGGCGGCCCAGCAGGCGCGGCGGCUGAUGCUGCAGCAGCAGCAGGCGCGGGGCCAGAGCACGGCGGCGGCGGCAGAGGCAGAUGAGUUUGAUGCCGGGCUGUUCAAGGAGGCAGCGGGCGGCGUGGGAGCCUCUGCUGUGGAUCACCAGCAGCACCAGCCCGCCGCGCUGCUGCUGCCAGGCAUGCUACACCCGUUUGGCGACGUGGCGCCCUGGGGCGCGCCGCAGGCGCCGCCGCUGCCCGACCAGCCACCGCCGCCGCCAGACGACAGCUGGGGGGGGUAUGGGAGCGAGGAAGACGACUUUGGGCCGCCACCGCUGCCGCCGCACUCGCCCCCUCGUGAUGAGUACGAAAUAGACGUGGAGGGGGAGUCCCCGCCUCCUCUGCCUCCAUCAGAGGACGAGCAGGACUGUGCGGCGCCGCCUCCGCUGCCGCCAAGGGGCAGCAGCCCGGCGUCGGCGCCGCGCAGCGGCGCGCAGCAGGCCGCGCCGGGCGCGGCGCUGACACCGCCAGCGGCGACGGGCUACCAGGGAGGCUGGGGAGGGUACGGCACCCCUGUCGACUAUGCAGCAGGGGCGCCGCCGCAGGCAGCAGCCUGUCAAGCGCAGCCUGGGUGGGCGGGUGCCAUGGGUGGGAUGCCUGCACCCCACCCGCUGCUGCCGCCAGGCAUCGGCAUUGCCCCAGUGGGCGCCAGCCCCGCCGCAGCCAUUGCGCAGCAGCAGGCGGCAGCGGCGCGGCAGCAGAUGUGGAUGGCGCAGCAGCAGGCGCAGCAGGCGGCGGCGCGGCAGGCAUUCCUGAUGCGUGCAGCGGCGACGCAGCAGCAGCAGGUGGCGAUGAUGGGAGGCGUGACGCCGCCUGGAGCGAUAGGCGCCAUACAGCAGCAGCAGCAGCAGCUCUACUCUCCCGCUGUGACGCCGGGGAUCAACAUGCACAUGGCACGGCAGCAGCAGCAGCUGCAGCAAGGGGCGGCAGCGUCGGGCGUCCCGCCGGCUGAGGUGUUGGCGGAGCGGUUACGGCGGGAGCACUUUGAUUGCAUCUAUUGCUCCGACCUGCUGCGUGCCACGGAAACAGCAGAGGUGGUGGCGGCAGCACGCUGUCUGGGUGGCGGCAAUGCCAGCAGCAACGCAGCAGCAGCGGGGACAGCAGUGCGGCCCGAUCCUUUGCUGCGGGAGCGGUAUCUAGGGGUGCUGCAGGGUCUGACCCUUGCAGAGGCGCAGCAGCAGCAGCCAGAGGCUUUUGAGGCGCUCCAUGCACCCUCUUCCUCACCAUCUCAACCACUGCGCUACCCCGAGACUCUAGCCCAGCUGGAAGCGCGGGCAGCGGCGGCAAUAGAAGGGCUGGCGGCACGGCACCCGGGGCAGCGGCUGCUGGUCAUCACGCACGGCGGCUUUCUGCACGCAGCCCAGAAGCGUGCCACCGGCGGCCACGUGAGCGGGCACAACCUCAACGCCGCCAUCAACACGAUACGGGUGGAGGCCAGGCAGCCGCGGGCCCUGUGGGCGGUAGUGCGGUGGGGGGAUGUGGAGCACCUGCGUGAGGUGGGGGCGCUGUCCAGCGCCUUUGGCGGCGGCUCGGAAGGAUGA